GCGCCGCGGCGGCGGCUUCCAUUUUGAGGGACCCGAUCCCCGGCUUGCGGAGUGCGUCUCGCGUCAUCUCGUACGGCGCGCGCGUCUCGGCGUCUCGGCGGCAUCUCGAUUCCGUCAUCGCCAAGUGGCGUCCGCGAUAAGGCGGUCAGGCGGUGAGCAACGGCAGCCAGGAUGCAGGGCACCAUAAUCGAGAAUCUCAGCGGCAAGAAGCUCUCCGUGCUGGUGAUACUCCUGAUAAUCGCGCAGAUAGUCUGCUUCCUCAUAGGCGGUCUGAUCGCGCCUACACCUGCCAGCAGUCAGAACAUUCUUGGCACUCCGUGUAAAGUCGUCGGUGUGAAUGAAUCUCACGAUGAAAAUAAAUGGUUUUAUUCAAGAGGAGAAGGUUCCUGCACUCCCGUCGACAUGCAUCACUUCACUUUGGAUACUCAUCAGCAGGCUUAUCAAGUUGUAUACACAUUUCAGAUGCCCGUGCCUCGGAACAGCAUGCAGCUUGACUAUUCGAGGUGGCAGCAAAAUUUGAUAGGCGUUUUGCAAGUGGAUAUAUCUUAUACCAAUCAGAUCGAAAUCGCUCCUAGGACGAAGAUAACAUUGGACGCACGGCUGGCGUAUCGCAAUAAGGGAGAUUCAGAUAAUGCAUGGAAACCAUACGCCGCUUCUAUCGUGGAGAGAAUGUUGGACUGCAGCAUAGACAAGCCACUCGAGCAAUACAAUUACAACUGUAGCGUUAUGCCAUUGUUCGAAUUAGGAUCUUUGUAUCACGAUUAUUACCUGUUGAAUAUUCGUCUUCCCUCUGAUACUGAGAAAAACCAGGGAUUGGGACACAUUGUUGAUUUGUGGCUUACAGCUAUUAAUCAAAAUGGCGGAUUCACGAAGGUGUGGGUGAGUCUAAAGACCAUUUAUUUCCCAGUGGUGCUAGGUGUUUUGGCCUGGUACUGGAGGAGAGUGUACAUGCUAUCCAGGUCGCCUGCUCUUUUGGAGUACAUGCUCCUAGCUUUGGGCUCUGCAUUGACAUUUUUAAAUCUGCCGUUGGAAUAUUUAACACUUGCUUAUGAUAUGCCGUUCAUGCUUCUGCUGGGUGAUAUUCGACAAGGAGUAUUUUAUGCAACGUUAUUAUCAUUCUGGCUUGUAUUUGCUGGUGAACACUUGAUGAUUCAGGAGGGUGAACAAAGCAAUUCAUUAAAAUGUUACUGGCGGCAUCUCUCUGCAGUAGGUACCGGUUGUCUCUCGCUGUUCGUAUUCGAUAUGUGCGAGCGUGGUGUACAACUGAGAAAUCCAUUCUACUCAAUUUGGGUCACUGAUCUCGGCACGAAAUUGGCAUUGUCUUUCAUUAUCUUGGCUGGCAUAUCGGCCGUAGUAUAUCUGAUAUUCUUGUCUUAUAUGAUAUGGAAAGUGUUCAUGAACAUUAGCGCUAAAAGAGCCGUUUUACCUAGCAUGAGUUCAGCGCGACGUCUGCAUUACGAGGGCGUCAUAUAUCGGUUCAAAUUCUUAAUGAUCGCUACAUUAUUGUGCGCGUCAUUAACCGUCAUUGGUUUUAUACUCGGACAGGUUGCAGAAGGCCAAUGGAAAUGGGACGAAGAUUUACAAUUGGAAAUGACUUCUGCCUUUUUCACCGGGGUAUAUGGAAUGUGGAAUAUUUAUAUCAUUGCAUUAUUAUGUCUCUAUGCGCCUUCCCAUAAGCAAUGGCCAAUUGAACCAUCUGAGAACAGUAUUAGCGAAGAAAUCGAAUUUUCUCCCUUGCCAACCGAUCCUAAUGAGAUGCUGUCCCUGACUGCAUUUGCACGAAAAACAGCCAUAGAGUAAAGUACAUACGUCUACCUGUGUACAUUUUGUAAGAAAUCGGGCGACAUACUACGAAGUCUACUUAAUACUUAAUGUACUUAGUUGUCAUAAGUAGAACUUGUAAGUAGAACUGUACUUAGAUUUUCCACUAUUUCCUAGGAACGCAAUGACUGAUAAUACUUCUACACACGAUUUUAUAUGCUAAAUUUAAUUAUUUAUUGAUUCCAACAUUUUUUUGUAUGUUUUUAUAUACCUAUUUAUGAUAUUGUAUUAUCUAUAAUAAGAAAAUGUAUAAGUCAUUUCAUCUUCAUAUUUGUCAUAAGCACAAAUUUGUGAAUGAAUUUGACAAGAUCUGAUUUUUAUCCCCUUUACAAAAAUUUAGCGUAAUACAGUAUACAUAUAAGCUCAAACCCAAAUGAAGUGUAACAAUCAAAAGAGCUAUACAAGAAGUACUAGAAUAAAAAGAUAGACGUAAUCACGUUAUUUUAAUAUAAUAUCCUCCUUAACAUAAAGAUGUUAUACAAAUAUUUUCUACACGCUCACUUUAUUAAUUCAGUAAAAAUACUGUAUACAUGAUAAUCAAACGUUUCCAAAUCAAACGUUUUAUAUGCGAGCGAGAUGAAAUGACUUUAUGUAGCAAAUAGCAGCUAAUCUAUAAUUGAGAUAGAAUUUACACAGUAUUAUAUGGAUGUAUUACAAAGCUACUAACGGAUAAGCCAUAUUUUUAACUGCUAAUGUAUCGAUGAAACUUUUCUGUUGCGAGAGAAGGUUAAGGAGUUUUUCCCCUCACAUAUUGUUUACAUAUAAGAUGUUUAGAACAUCUUUCAGUAUUAUAUGCUUCUAGCAAUCUAGAUAGUAUUCCUGCACUAAUCUUUUUUUGUAUUAACAUAUGCGACUUGUUUGUUAACAUAAGAGCUGUAAGUAAUGCAUUCUUAAACAGUUAGGUAUUCUUAAAUCAGCAUGCGAAAUUUCAAUCUUACAAGAUCUUGACAUUCCAGUUUUACAAGACGGUAUAAACAUUGUACAUGUUUAUACCAGUGAUCUGUUGCAGUUAAUCAGCAACAUAAUGAAUAGAAGAAAGCUUUAGAGCGUACGUUAGAGAUAAGGAUGAGUAGAUUUCGUAAAGUACGAUCAACUUAUAUAUUAAGAAUUCAUAUACUUCUCCCAUUCACUUGUCAUAUAUUAAGCGUAAGGUGCGUGAAGCGAGAAGCGUAAUUUUCACUUUCCAAUUCGAACUAUAUACAAAAAAGCCUCCUAUGAUAUCUCAUUAUAUUAUACAUAUCAUUAUUGGGCAUUCGUCUAUCAUUUGUAACGCAAGGUAUUCGAUCACGAUUGAUAGUAUUGCGAGCCAGUGUUCAUGAUUUAUCUUGGCAUCUUGAAAGUAACAAGUUUCGUGCGGAAAGUAUGUGCCAACUAACUUAGAUCUGCCAUUCAAUAGCGUCCGUUCUUUUUUAUUAUAUAUAUUGUUACGUAUAUAAGGUAUCGAUGCAAGUCUUUCACUUUAGAUGCGCUACGCAUACAAGGCGUAGUUUGCACGAAUCUAUUAUUUGAAAUUAGAUCAGGAAAACUGUUUGAUAUAUAACACUUUACAGACGUGUAUUUAAUGUGUAAUGUCGACAUGUACUUAGUGUAACACUUGCUAUAUAGGCACUGAGUAUAAAGUAGCAUUUCAUAAGUAAGGUGCAAUAGAGUUUCUCUCCGUACGUCGACUUAAUGUUAGUACAUAUUAAUUAAAUGAUGUAGCGAUAUUUAAACUAGACACACACGCGUACGCGCGCAAAAACGGAGUUUUCCUCAAACACGGAGGAUUCUGUUACUGUUAUAAAUAAUUAGUUGAAAUCAUUAAUCGAGCAGCGACUCAAUAAUUAGUCCAGGGCCUUCUGAUGAUUUUAAGCAACAAACCACAUCGUUUCAUCGUUAUGUAAAACGAGUAUUGUACCGGAAACAAUCGUAUCUGUAGUCCCGACGACACCGUGCACCGCCUUACCAUUCGCAACACUUUUAUAAUAUAAUUUGGUAAUUUUUAUACACUUUCCAAAUAAACGGAUUUGUUGUA